GACUGGUGGUGGGCGGUUGGUGUGCGCAAGUGUGGUCAACGCUUGAUAUAGACUGCUCAAGCUGUUCUUGGCAGCUAUCUUGGCAGCACUUUACCGCUGCUGGCUGGCCUAUCCGUGGUCUCUUUUCCCAACUAAAUAGUCCCAAGUCUGCUUCCACAACUCUGUCGGUCUUGGCCACCGCAACAUCUCUCGACCUUGUUCCCAACCUUGUGCUGCUCUUUUACCUGUAAAACCAAGACUCUGAAGAAUACAGGAUCCGAUCUGCUCAGCACAGUUGGGUGCUAUUAUGGACAACAAUGGCUCUAGCGGCUCCACUGACAAGGCUGUAGAGCUGGAACCGCUACGGCCGCCCACCCGACCGCCGACAGUGGGGAGUCGCAGUGGGACGGCCACCGGCGAGUUCGAGAAUGCGGCAGCAGCCGUCACGGCGGCGGUCGGCCUUCCGCCUCACCACCACCAACAACCACCUUCCGGCCAAGACCCCUUUGCCGGCCGAUCCUCGCAAGAAAGGGCCCGUGAUGAAGCCAGGAAGAUCCUGCAAGGUCAUCCCAUCAUGACCAACUUGCGCAACAUCUCCAAACCCACCGUGGGCAGCGCCGUCACGUUGGCCGACUCGGAGCCCGGCUGGGCUGUCAUUGACGGUGAUAUUGGCGGUCAUGGCUACAAUGAGACCAAAGUCGACCUCAUCGCCGUGCCGUGUCCCGGUGCGGAACCGCUUCAUCCAUGGACAUGCGACCCGGUCACCGACAUGGAUUUUGGCUUUCCCGAGAAACCUGGCACGCCAAAAUCCUCGAGGCCCCCUUAUGUAUGGAUUCAACAGGGAAUCCGGAACAAGGAGCCCAUGAUUCGGGUGCUGGCGUACAAGCAUCGAGGAUUGAGAGAAGGCAUAAACAUCGACAUGCUGGCAGUUGACUUGCUGGAUCAAGUACUGCAAAUCCGCCAAGGCGUGCGCCCGUCUCGUCCUCUCUUCUUCAUUGCCCAUAGCAUUGGUGGCUUGGUAGUCAAGCGGGCUUUGCUCAAGGCCCAUGAAGACAGCCGGUACAGGGAUAUCAGAAACAAUUGCCAUGGCGUUGGCUUCUUUGCCACCCCUCAUCGGGGUUCAAGUUACAUGUCCAUGAGGAACCUGAGGGAAAGCGUCCGCGAGUUACUUCAGUUGCAACGGCCUCUACCUAACUCGCUGAUCAACCAGAUCAAGGUCAAUACCAACAACAAUCCUUGGCUGGACAAAGUGCACGAGCAGUUUGUGGACAUUGCAAGUGAACUCCGCAUCUGGUCCUUCUACGAGACCAUUGACAGUGAACUCUCCAACACGGGUGCCGACUUUGCCAGUGAAGUCAAGUUCACAGCUCCCUUGGUGUCAGUCAAGUCUGCGUUGCUCGAAUUGGCUAGAGAAGAUGUCUUUGCUAUAGACAACAGCCAUGCCAACAUUGCAUCGUUUGGGCCCAACAACAUCUCCACCAUGCAUGAUUUCCUCGAGGACUUGCAUAUGGCUGUGCUGAAGGCUAAGAGUCUAAGCAAGCAUAUCCAUCACCCCCUGAGGCUGAAGGACCAUGUCAAGGUGGAAAUAGUCGGGUUUUACGAGGACACUGACCCGGAAUCGGACUCCAGCACUCGGCUUUACGCAACCAAAACCCAACUUGGCCAGUAUCUCCAAAAAGGAGCCGAGCCGUUCUUGCAAGACCGGCUGAGCAAGGUCCAACACAAACGGCAUCUUCUUACACGUGCUUUCACGCUCAAGUCCUCGACGGUAAUAACAGAAACAGACGAUGACGAUGGCACUGGGCCAUCCUCGGAAGUGGAUAGCGAUGCCAGCAGUCUCGGCAGCUUCUCUGCUCCGUCGUUGAUUGUCGAUCAUGUUAGUAGCACUGGGCCGGACUUGAUUCACCCAGAACUCUUUGGUCGAUACGGCGCCGCACAUCAUGCGAAGAAGAAGAUUACCUGGAUCCAUGUCCCGUUCAAUAAUCCUAUAUGGGCAAAGGAAGUUAUCAAGAGAAUCGAGGAAACCCGCGGCCAGAACCUCCAGAAACUUCUAAGCCGCGAACACUGGCAGUCCAAACAAGUGCAAGGUCUCCAAGCCCAAUCCCAGCCCUCCUUCUUCAAGCCCUUCGCGUGUCUCGUCCCCGCAGACGCCGGCCUACCCACCUCCCCAUUCACCACCCCUCUCGUCGACCGACGGGUCAGCCUCCCCGCCAGCCCGCGCUGCGUCUACCUCUAUCUUCCCUACCUGCACUUCGACACCUACUGCAACAUCAUCCGCCGGCGCAAGCUUAUCGAGAAGCGUCUCGACCACGGCCGCGCCAAGCCCGUUCCCGAGUACGUCGAGCACCUCGAGUCGCUCGAGUUGAAAGUCAUCUGGGAGUACAUCGGCUUCGACCCGCCGCUCAACUGCCGCCGCACGCUCGACCAGUUCGCUUACCCGUCCCUCAAGGACACGCACGCCCGUGAUGAUGAUCAGAUGCUAUACAAGCUGACGAAGCAUGAUCAAUCGGCGCACAACGAGAAGGCGCACUCGAAAUUCGCUGUUGACCCGCCUAGCCGAAAGUCGGCGGUCACCUCGGUCUGCACCGCCAAGGGCUCUGAUCAUGACAGGGAGGAAUACGACGAUACCUGCUCGGAAGACGAGUCCGAGUUCGAUUUCGAGUGUGACGUCAAGGAUGGCAAACUGCUAAUGGUCGACCAGCUUUGGUUGUGGGCGAUCGAUAAUGAUACGCUGGCUACCUUCUUCCCGAAAAGGGAGUCGAGCCCCAAGGAAGGGACUUUGUUCCAGCAGGCGGACUUGCGGAAUAUUGUGUACAACGAGCUGAACGGUGAUUUGACGGGCAGGACGGAUAAUGCGCUGGAUCUGGCGGCGUUUAUCGUGUUGCAUGCGGUGAUGGCGUUUGUGGAGCUGUCGACGCAUAGGGAUUUGGAUAUUUUUAGGAUUUUUGAGGAGGCUAUUGGUUUGCUGGCUGAGAGAAUGACGCAAAACAUGCGCCGGUUCCGUACGCAGAACUUCAUCAGCACGUCAACUGACGACUUGGACGACGACGAUGGCGGCAGGACGUUGUCGAUCAAGGAGCGGCAUAAGCGCGAGCUAGAGAAGGCCGAAAAGGAGAACAGAGAGAACACAUCGGCGCUGCUGGAGCUGAGAGACAUGGAAGAUGAACUGUCGACGCUUCUCCGCUUGUUCGAAACUCAGGAGGGAGUGGUUAACCAGCUCAAGGAGAUAUACAACAACCCGAGUCUGAAGGAGAUCACCAAGAACGGCCAGGGUUAUCUCGACAAGGCCAUGGAAUAUUUGACAGAGUACAAGCAGCUGACAAGCGAAAUGGUGAAGAGGGUGGAAACCACCAAGAAGGAUUACGAGAAAAUGCUCGAAAUGGCCCAACGCCAAGCCCAAGUCGACGAAGUCCGGUGGUCGCGCCUCCAAACCGAGCUCGCCGCCUCUCAAAACCUUUCGGUCAUGAUCUUCACCACCUUCACCGUCAUCUUCCUCCCCCUCUCCUUCUUCACGGGUAUCUUCGGUAUGAACACACGCGAAUGGCACGACGCCGGCGCCGACCCCAACGACCCCGACGGAAAUUCCACAAUCCCCACGUUGGGGUACAUAGGCGCCAUCGCGCUUCCCGUCUCCUUCUUCCUCAUCUUCACUUCUCUUAUCGCCGCUUUCUCAUCACGCGUGCAAGGGAUUUGCAAGAAGAUCUUCAAGGCGACUACGGGAAAGAUUAAAGAGGGGUAUAGAGCGAUCAAAGUGGAGGCAAGGAAAAUCGAGCCCGAGAGGAAUAAGAUGCGCAAGCAGAGGAAGGAGGCGAUGAGGAAACGCGCGAGGGAGGAGGAGAAGGCACGCAAGCAGAAGGAGCUGAGUUAUGAUUUUUGGGCGGAUGUGAUGAAUGCGCGGCAUGAGAGGCAUCAGAUUCCGGAUGUCAAUAAACAUGAUUUUUGACUAUCGGUUU